AUGUCUGUGAAUACGACAACUGAGCUUGAUGCUCUGAUUUUAAAGGCUACAAGCGAAAGUAUUCCUAAUGGAGAGCUUGACCUGCCACCAGCUUUGGAGAUAUCUGAUGUGUUAAGAUCACGCCGGGUCUCUCCAAAGGAUGGCAUGCGGUGCUUGAAGAAAAGAGUAAUGGCAACUGUUUCAAACCCGAACACGCAACUGUCAACAUGGAAACUUAUCGAUAUAUGUAUAAAAAACGGGGGGAUUCCCUUUAUAAAGGAAAUAUGUUCAAGGGAAUUCAUGGAUACUAUGGAAAACACUAUCAUCAAGGGUGACAAGAAUGAUGAGUUACAGGAGCUUGUUAGUGGCAUGUUCUAUGAUCUCUACUUAGCAUUUCAUGGUGACUCACAGCUUAAUUAUGUGGCAAAAGUUCACGACAAACUUGUACGCAAUGGGAUACAUUUCCCAGAGAAAAGUUCACAAGAUGGUAAAUCAGCUGUUAUGUUUGACUCACGUACACCAGCAGACUGGGUAGACUCUGAUGCUUGUAUGAUAUGUUCCAAGAAAUUUUCAUUACUGACAAGACGACAUCACUGUCGAUCAUGUGGAGGGGUUUUCUGCCAGGAUCAUUCGUCCAAUUUCAUUGUUUUACCUGACUUGGGUAUUUAUGAAGCAGUUAGGGUCUGUGAUAACUGCUUUGAAGAUUAUAAUAUGAAAAAGGGGAGCGGUGGAAAAAAGAAGCAUCAUAGAAGUAAAAAGUCGAAGAGAAAGACAUCGACAUCAAGGGGCGUUGAAGAUUAUGAGGAUGAAGAAAUGGAAGAUGAUCUAAGGAAAGCAAUUGAACUAUCCCUGAAAGAAUCACGGGGAAACGUGGAGCCGAUUAUUCCAAUUAUGGAGAGAACGGAACAGAAAUCACAACCAAAGGUUUCCGAAGAACAGGAGGAUCCUGAUUUAAAAGCCGCUAUUGAAGCUAGUCUAAGGGAAGCUGCGGAAGAGAAGAAACGUAGAGAGCACUUAUCUCAGCCUCCGAUGAAAUUAAAUUCGCCUGCAUCUGCACCACCUUCAGUUUUAACAUACAAUCUAACCGCCACUGAGGAAGAAGACAUACAUCUUUUUGCAUCCUUAGUCGAACGAAUGAAAACUCAGUCUCCUGCGGAAAUUCUAGAAAAUAGCCAGCUGCAAGCAUUGUAUCAAAAAGUAAUCAAUACCAGGCCAAAGUUAAACGGCGCAUUGAACGAUGCAGUACAAAAAUACAAUAUGUUAAUGGAUAUGAAUACAAAAAUUUCAGAUAUCAUGAAUAUUUACGAUGAACUUUUAGAAAGGCAAUUAAAAAAUAUAAACUUAUCAGAACGCUAUUCUCUUCCACAAGCGCCAUCUGACCCGUACUUGUACUAUCAAAAGGAAACUGCUAUUGAAUCAGCAACCGCACCAGUGCAAGCUUAUCAAACGGAUGGUGUCUCUACUGAGUCAAAUAAAAUACAGUACCAACCGCAGCAGCAAUAUCAAUAUCUGCAACCGCAGAGAGAGAGACUCGCGUCUUCGCUACCACAGCCAAAAGAUCACCAAUAUAAAACUCAUCCUCAGUUAACACAUGAAAGCGAGAUCCUGCCUCAAUCGCCAUAUCCACCUCAAACCUUGGCCCAACAAAACAAUCAUGCCCAAUCUCCCGUCCAAAUGCAGCAGCAGCAGCAACAACCUUAUUCAAAUGAAAUGCUUGAAGGACAGGCUGCUGCUGAUCCUAGUCAUCCUUCAAUGAGUAGCGUACUCUCGGAGCCACCAUAUCCAAUGACAGAGGAAGAAACAUCAACACAAGAGCAAUCACAGCGAUCUAAUGACGGUGCUCUGAAUGGUGAGAAAUAUUCAACACAAAGGAGACUGUCCAAUAGCAGACCUUAUCCUUUGGAAGACGAGGACGGAAACAAAGUCACUCAACAGAGUGCUACCAUAACAAAUUUUGAUUUUCCAACAGUUCCAAUCAAAAAAGUAGUCGAACCACAACCAUUGCAUGACUUACCGAGUGUUUCUAGCGAAUCUCAAGCGGUACCAACACAGUCUGAAGAACCACUUUUAAUUGAUUUGUGA